AUGCCGAGGUCACAAGAGCCCAUCCCUCUGAAACUGGUGUUAGAUGAAGUCAACGAGCUGACAGAGAAUCUACAUGAAAGUGAACGGUUGGAUUGGGGACUCCAGUUACCCUACAUCGCCGUGGGUUACUUCAACGAGAAGGGUGGAAGCUUGUCCCUGAAAGAGUACGGUGUGCACCUCACCAUCCCGCGUGGUGCAGUAGCUCCAGGCUCUCCUCAGCAAGUCUACAUCUAUGUAGACCCUACUGCACCACCGAAUGAUGCGGUUGAGCCGACCGAGUUCGCGCUUUCACAAAGUGUUAAGUGCGGUCCUAAAGGGUUGAGAUUUGAAGAAAGCGUGGUGCUGUCCUUCCCUUACCAAGCUGAUUUGAAAGGUCACAGAUAUGACAAGCUAGUUAUCAGGAUGCGUCAUGGCGACUCACAAGAGAGGCAAUGGGAGGAUGGCAAUCCUGCAUUAGUAACAGAGAAGAAGGCAUUUGUCCUGGUUGAUCAUUUCUGCGAUUUUUCUCUGAUUGGCACACCCACUCCCGGUAGCAGUAAGCGGCUGAAGAUCGUCAUCCCAGAGGAGGAGCACAUGAAUUCAGAGAGGCUGGACGUCUUCAGAAACUUGCAUUUUUUCUUGGAUAGUGGGAACUUGGCUGUCGAAGUGGUUGAUCUUGAAGGUUGUUGGUCAAUCCAAGGAGCGACUGAACAGAUCAUAGACAAAGGAAAGAUACAAGUCCUCAAAGACAGCUCACAGUCCGUAACAUUCAUUCUGAAACGGCAAACGGAUGAUUCAAAAGACAAAGGGUUGUACUGCGCUGUUCGAACUUACCAGUGUUCUCCAACUGACGAUUCGAGGAACCAAGCUGAAGUUCAUCUGUCAAUAUGUCGGAAUCCAAGAGGAGGGGCAGCCGCUCCUUUGGCCUCUUUGAAGGAACAGAUUGGCAAAGGAGUUUCAAUCAAGGUUCAUGGAGAGGUUGAGCCCCAAAACUUUGGUGGGUUGUCAGAGAAAGCGGUGUGGUCCUUGUGUUAUCAUCUAGACUGCGAACGCGACGGCGCUAACAACUGGAGGCAACUCAUGCAACGGAUGACCGACUUGCCAGGCAGAUCUGUUGCGGUUGUAGUUGAAUCGGGAAAAAUUCGCGCGAAAGGUUUACUGCAACUCCACUUCGACGUUUGCAGAGACAAUAACACAACGGACAACGAAGCCAUAGAGUUUUUGGUAGGGUUCCUGAGUGAGAUGAAAUUAGACGAGGCUGUAGAAAUUAUACAAGAUGAUCUCAACAAAAGAUUGUGA